CUUGUUUCUCCCCCUCCCCUUUUCCCCUCCCGACCUUCCCUUCCUUCCCUCCCCCCCCCCUUCUCCUUUUUCCGUCUUUGUGGUGAUCUCCCCCGCCCGCCGCCCCUGUUUCAGCCAUGGACCAGAACUGGGUGUUUUCUAUGCUCAAGAACCACGCCAAGGAGCGGCCCCAGACCGACUCCGCCGAGACGGUUCACAUCUCCUCGCUGGCCCUGAUCAAGAUGCUCAAGCACGGUCGUGCCGGUGUUCCGAUGGAGGUGAUGGGCCUGAUGCUGGGCGACUUUGUCGAUGAGUACACCGUGCGCGUGGUGGAUGUCUUCGCCAUGCCGCAGAGCGGUACCGGUGUCAGUGUCGAGGCCGUGGACCCGGUCUUCCAAACCAAGAUGCUUGACAUGCUCCGGCAGACGCGUCGCAGCGAGAUGGUCGUUGGCUGGUACCACUCUCACCCGGGUUUCGGAUGCUGGCUGUCCGGUGUGGACAUGGAUACCCAGCAGUCCUUCGAGCAGCUGAACUCUCGCGCCAUCGCAGUGGUCAUCGACCCGAUCCAGUCCGUCCGCGGGAAGGUCGUCAUCGAUGCCUUCCGCCUGAUUGCCCAAGCUUCCAUCAUGCUUGGGAGCGAGCCCCGGCAGACGACUUCCAACCUGGGGCACCUGCAGAAGCCCUCCAUCCAGGCUCUCAUCCAUGGGCUCAACCGGAAUUACUACUCGCUUCCGAUUCAGUACCGGAAAAACCCGCUCGAGGAGAAGAUGCUGCUGAACCUGCACAAGCGCACCUGGACCGCUGGCCUGCAGGUGGCCAACUUCGAUGAGCAUGCCGAGGCCAACGUCGACUCGCUGAAGGCCAUGCGCCAGCUGAUCAAGCAGUAUGCCGAGUCCAUCAAGGAGGAGGAGAAGCUCACCAAGGAGCAGCUGGCCACCCGGCAUGUCGGCAAGCAGGACCCGAAGCGCCAUCUGGAGGAGCGCGUCGACCUGGUCAUGAGUCAGAACAUUGCCCAGACCCUGGGCUCCAUGAUCAACACCGUGGUUUUCUGAGGAGAGGGCGGCUGUCGGAUGCGCGCAUAAGCGCGACAGCGCCAGCCAGCGGCCAAGAGGCAUGACACUGUGCAGCAGCGGAGCAUGAUCAUCCGGAAGGUUGCAUGCCGCGCGCGCGCGUGUGUGUAUUUCAUCGCCUGGCAAGAUGGUUUCCCCUCCCCCUUCCCCCCUUUCUCCCCUUGCUGCGAGAGGGCAUCGUCUCGGGUCCCUCCUCCUGCCCGGCUAUUACCACCCCCUCCUCCCUGCCCGGGCGCAUUUGUGUGGCCACCAUCAUGGGCAAAGCGUAAAACAAAAUAAACAUACUUCUCCUCCC